GAAAACCUCAUCGGCUCGACUGGUUGGAGUUGUUGUCAAUCGUUCCCACGUUUCCGCUCUGAGUGCCUCUGCGAUCCCACCCAUUCACGGUGACUCCGGCAGCUGCUGUGCGGUCGCCCAGCGUCUGGAAACAACGAGGCAGAGAAGUGCGGGAGUCCUUAGUCCUGUAGCUACGCUGCGCCCGUGGAAGUGCGGUCAUAUUGUUCUCCAUUUCCAGCCUGCUGCCGAGGACACGUAGCUCUCGCCCGCGUUUUCUGUGUACUAGCGCGGUUACUUCGCCAGAAGGUCAAUCUGAUUUUCAGAGGUUAGACAACAGCUCGGGAUUGUCAGUUUUCGCUGCUCGUUUUGUUAGCCGUUGCCUUAGCAGUAAUCUGCGAUUCCAUUGAUAAGAUUUUACGCCGUUUAGUUUGUUGAACAGCAGACAAUGGACUGCCGGAUCUUGUGUAAUGUUUAUUAGCGCAUACUAACGUUUAAUCUAUUAUUUCGAGGACAAGUUGCUAUAGUUAGUUGAUGAAGACGACACACCGGAUAUUUGUACAGUUUCCUUUCGCCACUUUCUUCUCUACCGGACCUGUAGGAUGCGCCGAUCAUAAUAGGUUUACAAUAAGCUCUGAACAUCUUUACUAAAUACAAUACACCUACGAACUUCGAACAACUGUUUAAAGGAAACUCAAGAUGUCUAAUCCAACGAAGUUUAAAAAGGAUAAAGAAAUAAUUGCAGAGUAUGAGACUCAAGUAAAGGAGAUCCGGGCCCAGCUGGUGGAGCAGCAGAAGUGUCUCGACCAGCAGACCGAGAUGAGGGUUCAGCUGCUGCAGGACCUGCAGGACUUCUUCCGGAAGAAAUCGGAGAUCGAGAUGGAGUACUCCCGCAACCUGGAGAAGCUGGCCGAGAGAUUCAUGGCCAAGACCCGCAGCACCAAGGACCACCAGCAGUACAAGAAGGACCAGAACCUGCUGUCCCCGGUGAACUGCUGGUACCUGCUGCUGAACCAGGUGCGGCGGGAGAGCAAGGACCACGCCACGCUGAGCGACAUCUACCUGAACAACGUCAUCAUGCGCUUCCUGCAGAUCAGCGAGGACUCCACCCGUCUGCUCAAGAAGAGCAAGGAGAUCACCUUUCAGCUCCAGGAAGACUUGAUGAAGGUCCUGAAUGAGCUCUACACUGUGAUGAAGACCUACCACAUGUACCACACGGAGAGCCUGAGCGCGGAGUGCAAGCUGAAGGAGGCGGAGAAGCAGGAGGAGAAGCAGAUCAGCCGCUCCGCCGACCCCGCCUUCUACAUCCGCGCCGAGGACAAGCACCAGCGCCGCAGCUCCGUCAAGAAGAUCGAGAAGAUGAAGGAGAAGAGGCAGGCCAAGUACUCGGAGAACAAGCUGAAAUCCAUCAAAGCCCGCAACGAGUACCUUCUCACCUUGGAAGCCACGAACUCCUCCGUUUUCAAAUAUUACAUUCACGACUUGUCUGACUUAAUUGAUUGCUGUGACCUGGGCUACCACGCCAGCCUGAACCGGGCGCUGCGGACCUACCUGUCGGCGGAGUACAACCUGGAGACGUCGCGGCACGAGGGCCUGGACGUCAUGGAGAACGCCGUGGACAGCCUGGACCCGCGCAGCGACCGGCAGCGCUUCAUGGAGAUGUACCCCACCGCCUUCUGCCCGCCCGCCAAGUUCGACUACCAGUCCCACAUGGGCGACGAGGUGUGUCAGAUCACGGCGCAGGCCCCGGUGCAGGCGGAGCUCCUGCUGAGGUUCCAGCAGCUGCAGUCCCGCCUCGCCACGCUCAAGAUCGAGAACGAAGAGGUGAAGAAGACGUCGGAGGCCACACUCACCACGCUGCAGGACAUGGUGACCAUCGAGGACUACGACGUGUCCGAGUGCUUCCAGCACAGCCGCUCCACCGAGUCCGUCAAGUCCACCGUGUCCGAGACCUACCUCAGCAAGCCCAGCAUCGCCAAGCGCCGCGCCAACCAGCAGGAGACCGAGCAGUUCUACUUCAUGAAAUUCCGCGAGUACCUGGAGGGCAGCAACCUGAUCUCCAAGCUGCAGGCCAAGCACGACCUUCUGAAGAGGACUCUGGGAGACGGUCACCGGCCCGAGUACAUGACCACCAGCCGAGGACGACGAAACUCGCACAUCCGACACCAGGACUCCGGACAGGCCAUCCCCCGCGUGGUGGAGAGCUGCAUCAGAUUCAUCAACCUCUAUGGUCUUCAGCACCAGGGCAUUUUCAGAGUGUCGGGGUCUCAGGUGGAGGUGAACGACAUCAAGAACUCAUUCGAGCGAGGAAACGACCCGCUGACGGACGAGGAGAACAACCACGACAUCAACUCCGUGGCGGGCGUCCUGAAGCUGUACUUCCGCGGCCUGGAGAACCCGCUCUUCCCCAAGGAGCGCUUCAACGACCUGCUCUCCUGCAUCCGGAUCGAGAACCUGUACGACCGGUCACUGUACAUCCGCAAGAUCCUGCUGACGGUCCCGCGCUCCGUCCUCAUCGUCAUGCGCUACCUCUUCUCCUUCCUCAACCACUUGUCCCAGUACAGCGAUGAGAACAUGAUGGACCCCUACAACCUGGCCAUCUGUUUCGGGCCCACCCUCAUGCCCACGCCAGACCUCCUGGACCAGGUCUCCUGCCAGGCCCACGUCAACGAGAUCGUCAAAACCAUCAUCAUCCACCACGAGACCAUCUUCCCCGACGCCAAGGAGCUGGACGGCCCCGUCUACGAGAAGUGCAUGGCGGGGGGAGACUACUGUGACAGCCCCUACAGUGAGCAUGGGGCUCUGGAGGAGGUGGAGCAGGAGGGCGGCACGGAGACGCACACCAGCGAGGACGAGGGCGAGCCCAUCGAGGCCAUCGCCAAGUUCGACUACGUGGGGCGCUCGGCGCGGGAGCUGUCCUUCAAGAAGGGCGCGUCCCUGCUGCUGUACCAGCGCGCGUCCGACGACUGGUGGGAGGGCCGGCACAACGGCAUCGACGGCCUGGUGCCGCACCAGUACAUCGUGGUGCAGGACAUGGACGACACGUUCUCGGACACCCUGAGUCAGAAGGCCGACAGCGAGGCCAGCAGUGGGCCGCACGGCGAGGAUAAGUGCUCCGGGAAGGAUGUGUGCUCCCUGCCCGACCCCUACAUCAGCAGCAGGCACAGGAAGAGGGCGGAGCCCCCGUCGCGCCGGCCCCCCGGUCGCCCCGGCGACGGUCACUGCCUGCCCCACCCCUCGCCCCAGGCGCACGGCUGCAGUCCCCUGGAGGGCCCGAUGGGGGCGGGGCACUUCAGCCCGCGGGACCUGCUGCGGGGGCGGGGCCACCCGGCGCACCUGGACAGCCCGGAGCGGCGCCGGCGGGCGGGGCACGGCAGCCUGACCAACAUCAGCCGGCACGAGUCGCUGCGCAAGACCGAGAGCCCCCCCCUGCGGCGCUCCAGCUCCUCCGGCCAGUACGGCGGCUUCGCCCCGCCGCUCGCCAAGAGCCUGGACCCCGAGGCCAUCGCGCAGGACAUCGAGGAGACGAUGAACUCCGCCCUCAACGAGCUGCGGGAGCUGGAGAGGCAGAGCUCGGCCAAUCACGCGCCGGACGUGGUGCUGGACACGCUGGAGCAGGUGAAGAACGUCCCGGCGCCGGGCGGCCCGUCCGAUUCGCUGAGCCCGCUGCACGGCUACUCCCUGCGGGCCGCCGACCCCCAUCGCCGCGGCAACACCGGCGCCGGCCCUUCCUCCUCCUCUUCCUCCGCCGCCGAGGCGCUCAGCACCUUCAAGCCCACCCUCGCGCCCCGCAUGGGGGUGCAGCUCAAGCCCCCCGCCCUCCGGCCCAAACCCCUGGUCCUGCCCAAAACCGGGCCCUCCCAGCCUCCUCCGCCCCCGCCCCACGGUCCUGUGGACAAGUCCUGCACAAUGUGAACCCCCCACCCAAAAACAAACGGCCCACCAGCCCGACGGCCAGAGGAGAGGGACUGGACUAGCACGUUAGCAGAGUAGCCCGUUAUCGACGUCUAUCUCACAUUAAACGAGCCGUGGAGCUCGCCGCUUGGAGAUCGGCGAGAGAGAGAGAGAGAGAAAAGGAUUAACGUUGACGUUAUUAACGAUGUGUUGAGUUUUGUGAGAUGGUUUUGAGUGUUCAUUCUUGUGUCUAGGAGCUUAAUCGUCUACAGAAAUUAACACGUGUAUUAGCGAAAGCCUCAGAGAAGGACGACGUUAUAUUUCUAUUAUAGACUGAACUGUAAGCUGUUUUUUUUGUUUUUUUCCCCCCCCCUCAUCUUAAAAAUAUGUACAGUAGAGAGAGAGGUACUGAUGAUAAAUGAAGUCACUACAGUCAGUAAGUAGAUAGUGAAGAUUUAUUAGGUCGAAAGCAAACAUUUCCUGUUUAUAUCUAUAUAUAUAACAACAAAUCACAAAAAGCUUCCUUUAAAGGUUAAAAGUAACUUAGAGUACAGAAACUAGAGGACGGUGUGCAGUAAAGAAUGCUAAAGGCAAGGCAGUAUCAGUUGGUUCUCAGUGUUAGUUUAUGCUUCACAAAGGGUUCUUGGGAAAUGUAGUCUCUUGUGGUUCUGCUGAACAGUUUACCUGAACUGGAACUGGAAUCUUCCUUGCGUGAGAUUGUAGUUUUGCUUUGCUAGUUCUUUGGCCCUGUUGCCACGUAAAGAUGUAAGCUUGUUCUCGCUGAGAAGAAUGACUAAUGUAAUUAAUAUUAAUUAAUUAGGCAGGUAAUGACUCUGAACAGCUGCUAUUUUUUCAGACGUAGAGACGUAGAGAUAUCGCUGGGGGGGGUCUCUGAUCGAGGCGUACGGACUCAGGAGCGGUGAGGUUUGGGGGAUUAAUGGUAUUUUUUUGGGGUAGUAAGAAUUACUCAUUUUGUUCAGUUCACUUGUUAGGAGAAUGGGAUGAUUUCUCACGUUACUUUUUGACAAAAUGUUCUGCUAGCAUGGACGGUGAAACGCGUUCGCGUUUAAUCAGAUAUGAGGGAGAAGACAAGAAGUUCAAAGUUCAGAAUCUGGAUGUUACACAAGGCUUGUCGUGUUAUACAAGGCUUCAGUUCUCUCCGGAUGCUUAUUUAACAUAGCUUUAAUGUACUGUAAUAUUAACAGACAACGGGCCGGUCUCAUACGGAUUAAUCCUUGUCCUAAACUAAAUACAAUUUUUGGAGAUUUUCCACGCAAAACAUCCAAUCCGGGACUGAGCUUGCCCUGUGUCCGUAAAACCGGCCCAAUGUCUAUCGAUCUCCAUGGAUGAGAGUAACCACUAAAAGAGAAAAGAAAAAAAAGAAAAAAAACUACAUCGAGCAAUGGACCUAAAAUGUGACCUCUGGCUCUCCAUCCCGUGUGAUUUCACAUACUUUGUCGUUAGUGUACCGCGGUGAAACGGCACUACCGGUCCUGACUUUACACACAGCAGGUUACGGGGUUACUAUACCCACCCGUCUGAUUGUGCUGUAAAGAGUCAGCGGUGUAGCCUGGUGUGCUGCCCCCGUAUACAAGACUUUACUCUCCUGGCAAUCUUCAGCAAAGGCAUAAACCCCGUAGCCAUGGACUACGACUGUUAUUGUCAAAGUCUCAUUAUUUUAACCACCUCCUCAAUGUUAACGGUUGAAGUCUCGCCCCCCCCCCAUUCUGGCCCGGAUGACCGCGUCACUUCUGGUUUUACCGGGGGGGGACGGCUCAGAAGUCAGGACGGCACUCUUUCCACCCCAGCGAACCGCGGCCCUGGACUCUCCAGGAAGAGCCAAGAUGGCGUCCGCUGAAUGAUUGAUGAGCGCCGGUUGCCGUGCGGGGACGAGGCGGCUCACGUUGCCGGUGGAGAUGAUGAUGAUGAUGUGACAGGUGUUUGUGGGAUCCUGUUCCGUGCGCCGUGGCUAAAAGCUUCGCGGGGAGAGACACCGAAGCGUGGGGAUUCGCCUGGGGCUCUUCUUCUGUAACUUCCAGGGUGGGAGAGCGCGGUGGAAAUGGGCCGGGUGGGGUGAUGGGGGGGUGGGAAUGACGGAAACAUCUGGACUCAAGAACAGAACCUCGGUCAAAUUCACACUUUGCUGAAGGUUUAAUUUUCCUCAGAAUAACUCUCAAACAGUCGCCAGUGGCAGAUAGUGGUAGAUCGUGUACAUAAGAAUUAACAACUUCCAUUACUGGCUUACUGAAGCUUUUCUAGAUUUUUUAUAUAAAUGUAUAUGUAUAAUUUUUUUUUUUUUAAUCAAUUUUGAUUUUGUUAAGGGUAUUUUCUACAGAUUAUACUUGAGAAUUGGGAAUGGAGGUUAGACGUUGAUGAUGGACAGAGUUUGGAGCCGAACACCCCCUCGUGGGUCCACUGACGUUGUUAGCGGUAGCAGUAGCUAGUUAGCCGCCUGCAGACCGUUGCGCACCUUGUGUGUCGGUACAUCUAUAGCAUGUACACGUGAUAAGUGCCUUUGAAAAUUAUUUUAGAGGAACUUGAAACUUGCUCUGUACUGUUGCAUUCUCAUUCCAAAAAAAAAAAAAACCCUGUGUCAUCCUCACGUUCUGUAGGAAUCUGAAUAUAACGACAAACCUUAAACAAAUGUACAGUUAAAUAAAAAUAAUUAAGAUUACUUGCUAACCCGUCAUGACGUUGCACUUUCAUGUAUAGGACUGUAUAUUUGGCAUGUAGCAUUAUAGCUGGUUUCUGUACACUUUAAGGGUGGCAGUGUUUGUUUCUAAUAAAGGAAAUAGUUGUC